UAUUUGUCCAGUUUAAUUCCAGUUUAACGUCUUUUCGACUAUAGGAUAUUAAUGUCUUUUAUAAGACGUCUCUAUAAUAAUAAUAUAUUAUAACGUUAUUAAUUAUUACCAUAAAUCGACGAAAACUAGUUCUAUAGAAAAGAAAUUAACCGCGUGUUAUUUAUACAUUUUUUUUGUGCCGUUUCAUUGUGAUUACAAUAAUAUAUUUAUCGUAAUAUUGCAUGGUCCGGCCAGAAAAAUAGUACCCACACGAAUUAUAUUAUUCCACGGCCCUUUACGCCGUUUAAGAAAGUCUGUUUCUCCUUCUCUCGCAGCGUAGUUUCCCGCAUUCCUAUACGGACACGUCGACCGGCCGUUUCCCCUCCAGCGCGAGUUUUCCACUGAACGGAAAACUCGACCGCGUCCACAGUCGUACAUUUUCACGUUUAGUUUGGUCACGUUAACUGCGGUCACAAGUUCGGACAUGUUUCAUACGGUGGAAGACGCCAACCAUAAUAUCUACUGUCUGUCGUGAAACCCGGCACAAAUGGGCGUCAAGUAUUUUUACUCGCUAUCCGCGGUCGCUUGUUUUACGGUGGUGUGCGUUAGAUGCGAUUUGUCAUCGUCGUCGGUCGAAGAGGAAACGGCGGCCGCGUCUUACGAAGAAACGAAAAGGUCGCUGUACGACGAUGACAGUGCUCUGGAGGCGACGCACGUGGACGGUGGCUCCACCGACCGGCAACUGAAGCGGUUCAUCGUGCCGAUCAGCACUUCGGACCUGGGACUCGAGACUUCCAGCUCCAGACCAUACUUCGUGCACCAACAUAUGCAGCACUACAAACACCCCCGAAACCAGCAGCAGCAGCCCCACCAACACCACCAAUACCAACACCAACACCAACACCAACACCCGCAGCACCAACAGCAGCUGCAGCAUAAUCAGCAACAACAACUGCCGCAGCAGCAGCACCAGCAGCAAUCUCCGCAGUCGCAGCAACAGCACCAUUCACAUCAGUACCACCACCAAGGUCGGGGACAAGCGGCUGUCGAUCAUUUCGGGUUCGGGCCUUCGUCUCCGAGCAGCACUGGCGGGGGUGGAGGCGGUGGUUAUACAGAUCAGUCAGACAACUUCUACCAGUCAUUGGGUGGUGGAGGUGGCGGUGGAGGUGGUGGCGAGAGCAUAAACUUGGACACGUCCGGUUUCACAGACUUCGUGCCGUCCGUCGAGUUCCGGUCGACCGGUGCACCGUCCAUGCCUUCAUCUUCAUCACCAUUCUCCGCUUCACCGCAACACCAAUCGUCGUCGCCGUUUACCGGGCCGGCGGCGCAACUACAUCACUCGUCACUAUUCGACGGCGGUUCGAGUGGCGGUAACCUGCAGCACAUGACCCCGUCAUUCGAUUCGACUGGUUUCGGCCAGGACUCCCCUUUGGCCAGUUAUGGGGGUGGAGGCGGUGGUGGUGGUGGCCACGGAGGCGGUGGCGGUGGGGGUGGUGGCCACGGGGGCGGUGGCGGUGGUGGUGGUGGCCACGGGGGCGGUGGAAGUGGAACUUCAGGUUACGGUUCAGGUGGUUACGAUUAUACACCCCACAACCUGGCUCCAGUCAUACACAAGUCAAUAUACGUGCACGUGGCACCACCAGACGACGAUCCGCCACGCAAGCAGCGCGUUAUUCUGCCCAACGUGCCACCAAAGAAGAACUAUCAAAUAGUGUUCAUAAAGUCACCCACCGCGCCAUCACCCACCGCACCCAUCAUACCGCCACCGCCGCCGCAGCCCGCCGACAAGACGCUCAUCUACGUGCUGCACCCCAAGCAGGAAGAGGCGCCGCCCAUACACAUACCGCCGCCGCCGGUCACGCAACCGCUCAAGCCCGAAGUAUACUUCAUCAAGUACAAGAACCGCGAAGAGUCACACGGAGGUGGAGGCGGCGAUUACGGAGCUGGUCACGGGGGUGGUGGGGUAGGUGGCGUUCUGCCGUCGCCGGGUGAAGAGUUUGGCGGCGGCGGUGGCGGUGGAGGUGACACUUCCGGUUACGUGCACCGGAGGUACGGACGGGGAGACCAGCAGACGCCGACGCCGUCGUCGACCGCCGCAGCCUCCACCUCCGAUGUAGCUGUCUCCACCACCGCCGAAGCAGCCUCCACCGAACACUACGACGACGGCGACGGUAUGGCGCCAGAACAACGGGAACUAGUUGACGCUGAGGUGACUUCCGCGGCCGCCACCGCCACGGCCUCCAUCUCCACCGCGGCAGACUCAGACCCAGAGACGUCCGACGAGAACGCCGACGAACUGAUGCUCCGGGGCGGCUACAGCACGGAGUACAACGACGCGUCCGUCGACAGCACAAACCUAAGCGAGACCCACGUCCAGCUGUCCACCACCGCACCCAAAGGCAAAAACGGCCAUUGAUGUAUACUAUAAUAUAACAUUAUUUUAGUUUAUUCGCGUAACCGCGUAUACCGUAGGUUAAGUCAUAAUAGUUGAAUAAUAAUAAUAAAAAUAUGUCGGCUGUAAAAAUAUAUUAUAUAAAAAGGAUAUAUUAUAAUAUGCGUUAUUACUUAUUAUACUCGUGUAGUAAGUCCACGAAGAUAGGUAUCGUACUAUAAUAUAAUAUAAUAAGUUUUCUGUAUUCAACUUUAUGUGUAAAAAUAUAUUUUGAACCAAUAAUAUAAUAUUUUACCUUGCUAUA